AUGGCCUGGCGAAACAUUUUCUCUAUUUAUGCAGUUUUGCUGAUAUUGCAUGCUUUUGCUACUAUUGCUUCUUCGCAAUCGUUGUCUCCAUAUUAUUAUGAUAAAGUGUGCCCUGAGGCUUUACCCACUAUUAAACGACUCAUUGAGGCUGCCGUUUACAAAGAACGUCGCAUGGGUGCUUCUUUAUUACGUCUCCAUUUUCAUGACUGUUUCGUUAAUGGCUGUGAUGCGUCAGUUCUUUUGGAUCCUUCACCUACAAUUGAUAGUGAAAAGAAUGCAGUUGCUAAUGUAAAUUCUGCUAGAGGAUUCGAGGUUAUUGAUCAAAUUAAGCUGGAAGUAGAUAAAGUAUGCGGUCGCCCUGUGGUCUCCUGCGCUGAUAUUUUAGCUGUAGCAGCUCGCGAUUCUGUAGUUGCGCUAGGAGGACCAACAUGGACAGUGCAGCUUGGGAGAAGAGACUCAACUACAGCAAGCAGAACAAAAGCUAACAGAGACAUACCAUCACCCUUCAUGGACCUUCCUGCACUUAUUAAUAACUUCAAAAACCAAGGUCUUAACAAGAAAGACCUUGUUGCUCUCUCCGGCGGCCAUACUAUAGGAUUUGCACGGUGCAUUGUUUUCCGAAACCGAAUUUACAACGAAACUAAUAUUGACCCCAAAUUCGCAAGAAAGCGCAGAUUAACAUGCCCACGCGUUGAUGGAAAUACAAAUCUUGCACCGCUAGAUUCAUCGCCUGCACGUUUUGACACUGCGUAUUUCACUGACUUGAUAAAUAAGAGAGGCCUUCUUCAUUCCGAUCAGCAGCUAUUUGUGGGCGGCUCAACUGAUGGAUUAGUAAAGACCUAUAGCUCAAAUGCUGAGAUUUUCUCUGCAGAUUUUGCUAAUUCUAUGGUUAAGAUGGGAAAUAUAAAGCCAUUGACUGGAAAACAAGGCCAAAUUCGUUGCAAUUGCAGGAAGGUGAAUUAG